AUGGCAGUAACCCAGGUGCAGGAGAUGUUGGCCAGCCUGCCUGUCGUGGCCCAGAGACACGCUGACCCGUUGAAGAGGGAGGGGCUGGGCACAGAGCCUCCGCUGGCCUGGGAGGAGAGCGAGGGGCUGGGCACAGAGCCUCCGCUGGCCUGGGAGGAGAGCGAGGGGCUGGGCACAGAGCCUCCGCUGGCCUGGGAGGAGAGCGAGGGGCUGGGCACAGAGCCUCCGCUGGCCUGGGAGGAGAGCGAGGGGCUGGGCACAGAGCCUCCGCUGGCCUGGGAGGAGAGCGAGGGGCUGGGCACAGAGCCUCCGCUGGCCUGGGAGGAGAGCGAGGGGCUGGGCACAGAGCCUCCGCUGGCCUGGGAGGAGAGCGAGGGGCUGGGCACAGAGCCUCCGCUGGCCUGGGAGGAGAGCGAGGGGCUGGGCACAGAGCCUCCGCUGGCCUGGGAGGAGAGCGAGGGGCUGGGCACAGAGCCUCCGCUGGCCUGGGAGGAGAGCGAGGGGCUGGGCACAGAGCCUCCGCUGGCCUGGGAGGAGAGCGAGGGGCUGGGCACAGAGCCUCCGCUGGCCUGGGAGGAGAGCGAGGGGCUGGGCACAGAGCCUCCGCUGGCCUGGGAGGAGAGCGAGGGGCUGGGCACAGAGCCUCCGCUGGCCUGGGAGGAGAGCGAGGGGCUGGGCACAGAGCCUCCGCUGGCCUGGGAGGAGAGCGAGGGGCUGGGCACAGAGCCUCCGCUGGCCUGGGAGGAGAGCGAGGGGCUGGGCACAGAGCCUCCGCUGGCCUGGGAGGAGAGCGAGGGGCUGGGCACAGACAGGUGUCCCUGUCCCAUGUCCCCUGCCAGGGUGAGACAGGGGUGCCGUAGGAACACACACGCCGUAGGAACACACACGCCGUAGGAACACACACGCCGUAGGAACACACAGGAACACACACGCCGUAGGAACACACACACACGCGUAUUCCCCCUGUAUGUUAAUUGGAUUCAUAAAAAAACAUUCUAAAUGAACGAAAGAAAAUUUAUAAAAAGAAAAUAAUGUAAUUAAGUGAAUCUGAAAGACCUCCAUGCGAUGGUGUGUUGAGGGUGUGAAUCAAGACUUGACUUCUGUGUAACUAAUGUUUAACAUCACACAGUACAAGAUCUGUGGUAAAAAUAUUGAAGCAUACUUAUUUUUGAAUCUCUUGUUCGUUGACGAUUGUUAAUUUUUUAUUUUAUGGUUGUGGUUGUGGAAUGCUGCAAAAAAGGAUGUGAAUGACUGUUGUCCGCAUAAAUGACUAUCUUGAUUGUCAGUUGUUUUAUGUCUAUAUGUCGUUUUUUAAGGAUCGUCUCAUUGCUGAUGUUUAACACUUGGCUUUAUGGCUGAAUAUCUUCCAGAAGGGAUGAAGGGAAGCUGCUCUUUCAGGCUGGUGAAAAUACCAUAUUACUCUUUUUUUUCUUAGUGCUGUUUUCUUUGUGUUUGUGUGACUGUGUGUAUGGCUACAUACUGUAUCUAUUAAAGCCAUUAUUUACAUGUUUUACACAUUAAAUAUGUUAACAAUGAUUU